AUGGCCCUCGAACCAAUAUCACCGAGCUCAGAGCUGGACGAUGCCAGUCCAGGAAGCAUGUCACCAAUCCAAGCGACGGAAAAAGUCGACCAAUCAAAUUCUAGUCUGAUUCAUGAUCGCAAUAUUCCUAUACAGACGCAAAAGCCAUUCCGCACUUUAUCAGCCAUUGGCAUUGGAUAUGGAGUCACGAACACGGCUGUUGGCAUACCGCUCAUUCUGAGUACAACCAUCCCCAUGGGCGGGUCGUCUCAAGUCUUCUGGGGUUUCCUGCUAAACGCAGCAAUAGGUCUGGCUACAGCAACGACCCUUUCUGAGCUUAUUUCCGCCAUACCUCAUCCAGGUGGCCAGUAUAUAUGGGUACAUAAGCUUGCACCAGAGAAAUAUCGACGAGUCUUAUCAUAUGCUACAGCCAUGACUAGCUGGAUCUCCGCUAUUGCUACUGGCUCAUCUGGCAACCUCUCUGUGCCUGUCAAUGCCUUUGGCAUUGUUACACUUCUUCAUCCCAAUUUCAUCUAUCAGCGAUGGAUGGGCUUCCUGGCGUUUCAGGUUAUCAAUAUUAUAACAUGUUUUGGUGCCUGUUUCGAACAUGUACUGCCAAAACUGUCAAAAAUUUUGCUGCUUCUGAAUGUCACCAUCGUCGGUGUUAUUAUCAUCACUUUAUUCACUAUGUCUAGCACCCGUACAACCGCGGAAGACUUUUUUAAAGUCAUUAACAUUUCCGGAUGGCCAAACGGUGUGGCUUUUAUUAUUGGCUUAAAUGGACCCAAUUGGUGUUUCUCUUGCCUUGAUGUUGCCACACAUCUGGCAGAAGAAAUCCCGUCGCCUAGCACAAACAUCCCAAAAGCUUUGAUUUGGACUAUUGUUAUCGCAACUGGUAGCGGUCUUCUCGUGGUAUUGGCUGUUCUUGUCAAUAUAGGCCCUCUCGAUGCCACGGACUAUUCAGGGGUUGCUGUUUUCUAUCAUAUUACCGAUAGUAAAGCUGCUGCUAUUGGCCUUUGGGUUCCUGCUCUUUUUCUUGUUUUUGCAUCUGUUUGGUCUAUCCAAACCUGGCAGUCUCGCCUUGGGUGGACAAUCAGUCGAGAGUCUGGUUUUCCUUUACACCGUCAUUUUAGCAAGAUUUUCCCAGCACCUUUCCAUACCCCUGUCUGGUCUCUGGUCGGCUCUGCCGUCGGCACAGCCUUAUUCGGUUGUCUCUACCUUGCUUCUGAACUUGCCUUUAACUCGCUUAUCGCAACUGGAAUUUUGCUUCAGUAUCUAAGCUACAGUAUUCCCACUAUACUGGUUAUUUGGCAAGGCAGAUCCAAUUUCAAGCACGGGCCAUUCUGGUAUCCGAAAUUAGGUCUUCUUGCAAACAUCAUAAUGCUUGCAUGGACUGUGAUGGUCUUUAUAUUCUAUUGCUUCCCUAGUUACUCACACGUUAUUCCAAGCGAGAUGAACUAUACUUCGGCCGUUCUUUUUCUAAUUGCCAUCUUCAUUACUUCGCUUUGGUAUCUUUAUGCAAGGAACAAUUAUGAGGUUGUUGAAAUAUAG